UUCUUUCUUUCUUUCUUUCUUUCUUUCUUUCUUAUUCAGCUAAUCUUUUUAGAUUGUAUUGAUUUUCAAAUGUGCGCAAAAGGCAGGCACAGGCUAAAGACCAGCAUUUAAUGUCUCUGUAAAUCCAUUUAAGUCCAUUUGUCCACUUUAACUCACCUGUCUCUAUACAAACACACACAUGAACACACGCACACACACUUUCCUACAGGGGCUUAUCUAACCUUUGAAACCAACCUGGAUGUGUCCGUCUAGCUUUUGAAAGCCGUAAUUGGCAGUUCGAUUAGGUCUUCUGCCGCCUGAGGCAGUGGGUUGAGAAAAGGGACUAAUGUAUUAAUGCUGUGUUUACGCCUCUACAAGUACCUGCUGUUCCAUAAAUCUGCUUGAAUCAAAUACACCCAAAUUAAGAAGUGAGAGGUAUAAAUGGUUGAAUACUUUUUUUAGCUGGAAAUGUAAAAAUAGUUGAAUGAUACGUAUUAAGCCAAGAAAAAAAGAAAAUGCAGCAAGCAAUAAAGUUUACUUAACCCAAGCAGAUUGUCAUUGAUAAUGUCCAUGGUUGAAUUUGGAUCAAUUAGGGGCUGGCAGAUGCGCAGAAUCAUGGUUGACCUCAGGGCUUAAAGGAUACAAUCUAAUUUCCUCAAUAAAUGUAAUACCAUUAGGCAGGAUACAAACAGACAACUCACAAGGGAGGAGUCUCUUAAAAACCAGCGAGAGACAGAGCGAGACAGAGCAGCUGCUCAGAGGAAAGAGACAAUAUCCACAAGGGUGGAGAAUCAGAAAUCUUACUAAGUCAACUUCCUACAUUUUGUGGGCCAAGGAGGAAAAAGAACAUCAGUGGUAACAAAUAGCUCACCUGACCACUGUCAGAGAGAUUUGGAGUCUACUGAGGCCUAAAAGCAGAGCAGAAGAAUCCAGAGGAUUUGAGUUUGGAAAGCUGGCACUUUAACAGAACUACAGAGCCGGAGAACACUCUCUUUGAAACUUCCUGGAUUGAACUUUAAAUCAACCCCUGCUGACAGAGUGAGUAAGCCAAAUCAUCCUGAGAGAAGAUUAAGAUUCAUAAUCAGGGCUAUGAGGGUCUUCAAUAAGAACCUUCGCCUUCAGGACGUCACCAUCAUGUACUUCACCGCCCUGGCUGCUCUCAUGGUUAUUCUGGUGGCUUCGUACCAGGCGCCUACCAAUGCAGUGGAAAUAUCCAGCCUUCCUUCGAACCCAUCCAGCCCUCUACCACGUCUCCCCAUGCCUUUCCAUGUGCCCCUUGACCCGCAAGGGGAUCUCCAGCUGGCAUGGAACAUCAGCUAUGCCAACCAGGAGGUGUACAUGGAGCUGAGGGUCAAAGAGCUCAGACAUGGUGUUGUCCUGGGGAUGUCUGACCGCGGGGAGCUGACCAACGCUGACCUGGUGGUGCUGUGGGACUCAGGAAGUAAAAGCUACUUUGGGGAUGCAUGGAGCGACAGCGAGGGUCACGUUUCAUUGGACAACAAACAAAACUACGAGUUGAUGGAAGCCAAACAGAAACCUGAUGGGUUCUACCUUCUGUUCAAGAGACCAUUCAGCACGUGUGAUCCCAGAGAUUAUCUAAUAGAGGAGGGGACUGUGCACAUCAUUUAUGGACUUCUAGAUCAACCACUUAUCUCACUGGAGCAACUGAACCUCUCCAGCAUCCACACUGGAGUACAGAGAGUCCUGAUGCUCCGCCCAGACAUGCUGUCAUCCACCUUGCCUCCAGAUGUGGAGACGCUGGAUGUUGUGGCGCCAAAUGUCAUCAUCCCAAAUCAGGAGACCACCUACUGGUGCUUCAUUCAGGAGCUGCCUGAAAACAUGCCCAAGAACCACAUUGUUAUGUAUGAGUCAGUGAUAACUCCAGGUAACGAAGCCAUCGUGCAUCACAUGGAGGUGUUUGAGUGUUCUCCGGAUAUGAGCCAUGUUCCACAGUACAGCGGCUCCUGUGAUGACAAGAUGAAGCCAGGCAAGCUCAACUUCUGCCGUCAUGUGCUGGCUGCAUGGGCCAUGGGUGCUGAGGCUUUCUACUACCCUCCUGAUGCAGGGCUGCCCAUGGGUGGACCGGGCUCCUCAAGAUUCUUGCGACUGGAGGUCCAUUACCACAACCCUCUCCUUAUAUCUGGCCGUCGAGACUCAUCUGGGAUAAGGUUACAUUACACCCCCAGUCUGCGACGUUACGAUGCAGGAAUCAUGGAGCUGGGCCUCGUUUAUACUCCCAUCAUGGCUGUCCCACCCAAACAAGACACCUUCUACCUCAGUGGAUAUUGCACCUCCAAGUGUACCAAGACUGCUUUGCCUCCUGGGGGGAUCUUUAUAUUUGCAUCUCAACUGCACACCCACCUGGCAGGCCGUGGGGUGAGGACAGUUUUGGUGAGGGGAGGCAGAGAGGUGGAGGUGGUGCAGGAGGAUCAGCACUUCAGUACACACUACCAGACGAUUCGGGUUCUACAUAAAAUGGCGAAUGUGUUACCUGGUGACGUCCUCAUAACAAAGUGUACUUAUAACACAGAAGACAGGAGCAAGCCGACAGUGGGAGGUUUUGGCAUUAUGGAGGAAAUGUGUGUUAACUACAUUCACUACUACCCCCGUACUAAGCUGGAGCUUUGCAAGAGCAACGUCGACCCAGAAUACCUGCAGAAAUACUUUAACUUCAUUAACAGGUUCCAUGGAAAUGACCGGUGUGUGUGCGGCGAGGUUAGUGUGACAGAGCAGUAUUCUCAGCUGCACUGGGACGCAUUCGCCGGAGAAGUGCUGGACUCUCUUUAUAAUACAGCACCCAUCUCGAUGCACUGCAACCAGUCGACUGCACGCCUCUUUCCUGGAGAAUGGGAGAAACAACCUGUGCCAGUGGUCACAUCCAUCCUUGAAAAGCCUCGCUAUCCCUGUGAGGGAGGGGCACCUCCUACUGGACGACCCUCUGAACCCACAGCCUGAGGGGGUCAGCUUCAGCCUUGGGCAAGGGCACCUAACUGAGGACAAGUUAAAGACGCACCUGUGACUUUGCAGUUUAAUAGAUGAGUCCCCUGUUUAUUACUCUUAACACAGUCUAUGAUUAUGCAGCUGCCUGUGUUAUCAGUAUAAACAUUACAUAUUCAUGUCAUAUUUAAAAUCAUAGAACAAGGGCAGUAUUUCUUACAAUAAGAACUGGCAUGAAUAAACAUGUAGAAGUGCAACUAAUGAAGUGGGACCAAAGUGUUGUGAAGAAAAUGUGUUAGUCAUCAACAUCUGCAGCGUUUCUAUUAAAGUAAUGAAUGUGUUUUCACUGUUGGUGUCCUAUGUUUAGUCUUUUCUCUGUUUUUGUGAUUCUGACAAUGAAUAAAUAAAAACCUUAAGACAUGAA